ACGUGUAAGUAGCGAUGAGACCAGGAAGUGAGAACUAAGGAAGCAAAAUAGUUUGAUAAUAUUUUUUAAAUUUUUCCUCGUUAUCAAGUUUUAUCAUUUGUACUGCUGUGAAUAGGGGUGUACUGUGGUUUUGUAACAUAUCGCCGGUGGGUUAGCUAUCGUGUUAGCUGCAAUGGGACGUCAUGGUGGCAUUGGAUUAGUAGUUUUUGUACUGUUACUCGUGUUGUUUUUUUGCGAAGCAAGAAGACACAAACUCGCACUAAAGAAUGACACCCGAUUUGUUGUCCAUCUUAACACCUUUGGUUUCUAUGCCAACGGAACUUUGGAUGUCAACGUUGUGUCCCUGAGACUGCCUGAGGACCACGGCAAGGAACCAGUUGGCUUUAGUCUCUCCAAGUCUCGUGUAAAUGAAAUGCUGUCCUACACUGCGAAGGAAAUGGGUGAAUGUCUGCUAGACAAAGAAAGCAGUGCCGAACCCCUCAUCCUCUUCCUCAUAGACACCAACAAACAAAGGGUCAAUGUCAAGUCGUAUAGUGACCAGGACAGUGUCCUGACUAAGCUAAAGGCAGACGAGACGCAAACUAAGGAUUCAGGUUCCAGGAAGAGGAGAGAGACUGUUUACCAUGGCAUUGCAGGAAGUCAAUUGCAGGGGGGAGGAAAAGAUGGAAACGAAAGCAAAGACACAAAACAAACAAAGACAGGGGACAAUAAACAUGAAGAGAAUAAAGACAGAAGUGGGGUGACUAAGAAAGCAGAAGACAAAGAGACAAAACAAACAAAGGACAAAAAAGAUGAAGAAAAAGAGACAAAACAAACAAAGGACAAAAAAGAUGAAGAACUGAAAGAGAAAAAAGAUAAUCUAGGACCCAAGGAGGACGUGAAAGAAGUCCUACAGACGAGGCGGAUCAACGGGCUGACUCUGGAUCUGCACAAUACCAAUGGCUCCUACAGCUUCAGCUUCCACCUAGUGAUUGGCCAGUUGGAUGAGGGCCUGUACAACUUCAACUUCCACUACUGUGAGAACAGUCAGCCUGCCGUCAACCGCCUCUACACUCUCAACGUGGAGGUGAUCGAGAGGAACCCAGGAGGUUUCCUUUCUGCAGCAGAGAUCCCUCUUCCUCGCCUCUAUAUUGGGAUGGCCGGAGUCUUCUUCAUCAUAUCCAUACUCUGGGUCUACACCCUGAUGAAGCACAGGUACAGUGUUUUUAAGAUCCAUUGGCUGAUGGCCGCCCUGUGCUUCACCAAGUCCAUCUCCCUGGUCUUCCACAGCAUCAACUACCACUUCAUCAACACGGAAGGUCAUCCCAUCGAAGGCUGGGCCGUCAUGUACUACAUCACACACCUUCUGAAGGGGGCGCUGUUGUUCAUCACUCUGGCGUUGAUCGGUACUGGCUGGGCUUUCGUCAAGUAUGUUCUGUCAGACAAGGAGAAGAAGAUCUUCAUGAUCGUCAUCCCUUUACAGGUCUUGGCCAACGUUGCCUACAUCAUCAUAGAGUCCACGGAGGAGGGCUCCAGUGAGUACGCCCUGUGGAAGGAGGUGCUGUUCCUCGUCGACCUCAUCUGCUGUGGCGCCAUCCUCUUCCCUGUCGUGUGGUCUAUUCGUCACCUACAAGAGGCCUCAGGCACUGAUGGAAAAGCUGCCAUGAACCUGGAGAAGCUCAAACUCUUCCGACAUUACUACGUCAUGAUUGUGUGUUAUAUCUACUUCACGAGGAUCAUAGCCAUCCUGCUGAAGUUCACAGUGCCUUUCCAGUGGCAGUGGUGUUAUGAGUUCUUAGUGGAGGUGUCCACUUUGAUCUUCUUUGUGUUGACUGGGUAUAAGUUCCGCCCUGCCUCCAACAACCCCUACCUACAGCUGCCCCAGGAUGAAGAGGAUGUUGAGAUGGACGAAGUAGUGACGGAGUCGGGUGUGUUGGAGGGCAUCUCUAAAGUCAAGAAGACGUCAAAUGGCCGUGAGCGCCAGCGCGAGUCCACCUAGCCAGAGUGUAUCAGCGCAGAACGCUGUUAGAACGGAGGAGGGUUCAGACAGACCACGCCUCCCUGAGACUCCUCCUUCCUCCUGCUAAUGUUGUGGGUGGCUGUUACAAUAGCAACCUCUGCCUCGCUAUGCAAAAAAAAAAAAGACUCAUGACAACGAACCUCCGUGUCCGUUGCCUCUCCUCUCUCUCUCUCUCGUUUAUCUGGAGGCUCCACACCCCGUGUCUUGUAAUGGUUCGUUCCAGGGUGGAGAAACUUUAUCCCCCCCCCCCCUUGGCGAUGGACAGAUGGAACGGUUCAGCCUGGGGUUGAAAAGACCUCCCCUGACUUCUGUCUUUUGUUGUAUUUCUUGCUCUCUUCCGUUCUUUUUGUCUCUCUCUUCAUUCUGGACAACGGAGGGAACGACAAUCCAAAGAUGAUCAUUUUUCCAGACCUGUGAUUUGUAUAUUUUGUAUCCUGAUGGUUUAAUGCUCCCUUCCCUGGUCCCCAAUGGCACCUUAUUCCCUAUAUAGGGCUCUAACUGUGACCAGAGCCCUCUGGGGAAUCAGGUGUCCUCUGGGAGGAGGCUUCUGACUAUUUAAGUCUUACUUCCGUUCUGUUGAAGUGUGUGUGUGUGUGUGUGUUCUAUUUUGAGACGCUGACUCCGAGUUUUUCAGUCUUCAUAUGAUGGUUCCAGUAGGUUCCUGGCUUUUGCUCCAGCCCGGCAGUGACUCAACAGAUAACACUACAAAGGCUGAAAUACAUUUCUCAUCAGUUAAGUUACAGUGGUAACAAAUGGCAGAUUUUUCUCAGUUUCUCUUAGUCGUUAGCAAAGUCGUCAUUGGUGGAAUCAGGGGUUAGGGUGAGGUCAGGUGUGAGGGUGAGGUUACGGUGAGGUCGGGUGUUAGGGUGAGGUUACGGUGAGGUCAGGUGUUAGCGUGAGGUCAGGGUGAGGUCAGGUGUUAGCGUGAGGUCAGGUUUAAGGGUGAGGUUACGGUGAGGUCAGGUGUUAGGGUGAGGUCAGGUGUUAGGGUGAGGUUACAGUGAGGUCAGGUGUUAGCGUGAGGUCAGGUGUUAGGGUGAGGUCAGGUUUAAGGGCGAGGUUACGGUGAGGUCGGGUGUUAGGGUGAGGUCGGGUGUUAGGGUGAGGUUACGGUGAGGUCAGGUGUUAGGGUGAGGUCAGGUGUUAGGGUGAGGUUACAGUGAGGUCAGGUGUUAGGGUGAGGUCAGGUGUUAGGGUGAGGUUACGGUGAGGUCAGGUGUUAGCGUAAGGUCAGGUUUAAGGGUGAGGUUACGGUGAGGUCAGGUGUUAGGGUGAGGUUACAGUGAGGUCAGGUGUUAGGGUGAGGUCAGGUUUAAGGGUGAAGUCAGGUUUAAGGGUGAGGUUACGGUGAGGUCAGGUUUAAGGGUCAGGUGUUAGGGUGAGGUCAGGUGUUAGGAUAAGGCGGUCUGGAGAAGCCAGGACUUGAUUGUGGAAUCAAUUUUUUCGGGUGUGUUAGACUCCUUUUGAAAGGACAGCUGUGAAAGAUAGAAUGAGGUUCUCAUUGAAACAGCAGUAGGACUCGAGGCAGAACAACAGGCCACAUCUAGACACCCACGAACUCCCUACGUAUUGACCACCCCAGGCCACAUCUAGACACCCACGAACUCCCUACGUAUUGACCACCCCAGGCCACAUCUAGACACCCCCGAACUCCCUACGUAUUGACCACCCCAGGCCACAUCUAGACACCC